AUGCCGCCCCGGAGCACGGCAGGAGGCGCCGAGUGUCAGGCGCCGCCGCCGCCGCCGCCGCCGCCAGGGUCUCCCUCUCGGGCUCUGGUAGCCGGGAGAGCGAGACCCUCCCCCCACGCCCUCCCGCCCCCUUCGCCCACCCCCCCUCCCCGCCCCCGCCCUCCCCCGCGCGCGCCGCUCGCAGGGCUCGCUCCGGCCGCGGCCCGCGCGCUGAUGGUGGCGGCGGCGGCAGCUGCUCCCCCAGGAGGGAGGGGACUAGCGGCUCCGCGGCCGCUGCCGCCGCCGCCACUGCACACGCCCUCCCCCGGUUCUCCUCCCCGGGGCUCUACUCCGCGCCCCGGCCGCGGACAUAUUCCUGGGGGCUGCGGACUAGGGGUGCCGGGGGGUGCCAACCUCUCGGUGUAUGUCGGGCCCGGACGGCCCCCCUCGGCCUCCUUCCCGCUGCCCGCGGGGUUUGUGCCCCCCACCCCCGCGCCUCGGCACCUAACGCUCGCCCGCCAGGGGGCGAGGCCAAGCUCUGGACACAACUUCCUCCACCCUAGCGGGAGCCAGAGGAAAAAAAAUAUUUUUGAAAAGAACCCGUUCAAGCUAAUCCUUUUCUUUGUUGCUAAUUCACCAAAAUAA